AUGUGUCGUUUUAUAUUCUAUCUUGGUGCACCAAUUAAAUUAUCAACAAUUGUUUCCCAACCAUCACACAGUCUUUUAGUACAAUCCUUACAUUCAAACCAAAGCGGAGUUGCACUAAAUGCAGAUGGCUUUGGUAUUUCAUGGUAUGUACCAGAAAUUACACCAAUUCCAGGUGUUUUCAAAGAUAUUACACCAGCUUGGAGUAACAUUAAUUUAAGACAAUUAUCAAGAGUCACAAAAAGUGGUUGUAUUAUGGCCCAUGUUAGAGCUGCCAGCGCUGGUGCUAUUGUAAAUACCAAUUGUCACCCAUUCACAUUUAAAAACUUUAGUUUUAUGCACAACGGUACAAUUUCCUAUUUUUCAAAAUUAAAAAGAGAAAUCUAUAAUUUAAUUUCAGACUCUGCAUUCGAAUUAAUUAAAGGUACAACUGAUAGUGAAGUUUUAUUUGCAUUAUUUAUAUCAAACUAUGAAAAAGAAAUUGGAUAUGUAGCUGAAAAAGUUAAACCAAGUGGUACAAUUUAUUACUCUACACAUUGUGCACAAGAGCCCGAAGAAAAGGCAUACCCUCAAAAUGUAAACAAUACUGAAAUUAUUCCACGUGUUCUUCAACAAACAAUCCUUCAAAUUCAUCAACUUAUUCUUAAAUUUGAAAUUGAAAGUGGUAUUCUUUCAUCAAAAGAUGUAAUGGAGGGUGCAUCAUUAGCCCAAACCUUUACAUGUGGUAAACUAAAUCUUGCUGUUACCGAUGGUAAUACUGUAGUUAUCUCACGUUAUGUAACUGGUCAACCAGAGAAUGCCCAUUCAUUAUAUUGGUGCCGUGGUAGUACCAUUCAAUGCGAUAAAGGUCAUUGUUUAAUAGGUAAAACUGACUCACCAUUAUCAAAACCUUAUGGUGAAUCCUUAGUUAUUUCAUCAGAACCAUUGGCUGAAGAUUUUAAAUGUGAAGAAGUCCCAGUUAAUCACAUGGUAAUUGGUAACUCUUCUGGAUUCUUUUCAAUUGAUUCCAUUAAUUAA